AUGUCUCUACCAUUCUACCAAAGACACCACGAGCACUAUGACCGUGCGUACCGCCAUAAAGCACUGCAGUCCACUGUAAGUCAGUACCAAAAGGAAACAAAGAGCAAAUCUGCUGUCUAUGCUCAAGGAUCUACAGCUUACGCUAGGGGCUCUGCAGCCUAUCGUCAUGCAUCUGCAGCAGGCUACAGCCUUGACUCUUCAGCCCUUGACCUAGAGUCAGCAGCCUACAGCUAUGGAUCUACAGCCUAUGAUCACUCUGCUGCACUUAGUAAAAGAUCUGCUGCCUACAGCCUUGACUCUGAAUCCCUCAGCAAAAGCUCAGCUGCCUACAGCCAUGGAUCUGAAUCGAUCAACAAGCUGGCUGCAGCCUACAGGCUGGGAUCUGAAGGCUACAAUCUUGGACUGAAAGAUUACAAUUUAAUGCUUGAAGAUCAAUCCUAUAAAAUGAGUCCUAAAGCAAAGAGAGCAAAACAAAAUUUGGCAUCUGAGGACAAAGAGAAUGAAGCCAUAGACUACACAGUGCCCAUAUUCACAGGACGAGAAGUGAAUAUCAGUGGGAUCACAGACACGGAAGAAGAAAGAAUUAAAGAAAGUGCUGCAUAUGUUGCCAAGAGGAACCUUUUUGCUGCAGGUGAAGGAGUUAGUGUCAGCAAGGUGGCCAAGUCAAUUUCUGAAGAGGAACAUCAUGAAAAAAAAUCAAGGAAAGUAGCGAUCCGGGAGUCCGCUGAACGCGUGGCCCUGCAGAAAACGCUAGAAGAGACUCAGGCAUUCCAUAAAAAGAUGAAUCAAGAUAAACUUUUACAUGCUCCUGAGUUUGUUAUUGAGCCUCGCUCCCACACAGUCUGGGAAAAACAAAAUGUCAAAUUUCAUUGUUCCGUGGCUGGCUGGCCAGUACCUCGUGUUACGUGGUACAAAAACAACGUGCCUAUCGACGUACAGGCUCACCCUGGCAAGUAUAUAAUUGAAAGUCGAUAUGGGCUGCACUCACUGGAGAUUAGCACGUGUGAUUUUGACGACAUUGCUCAGUAUCAUGCUUCUGCUAUGAAUGUUAAAGGAGAAAUUUCUGCUUAUGCUUCCCUUGUGGUAAAGAGGUACAAAGGAGAAAUCGAUGCAAGCUGCCUGUAUGCUGGAACUUCUUCCAUGCCUCUGGGCUUUGGUGUUACCCCUCACGGCUAUGCUUCCCGGUUUGAAAUCAGCUUUGUUGACAAGUUUGAUGUAUCAUUUGGGAGAGAAGGCGAGACAAUGAGUCUGGGCUGCACAGUUGUCAUCAGUCCUGAUAUCAAGCACUUCAAACCAGACAUCGAAUGGUACAGAAAUGGUGUUCUUAUUACACCUUCCAAAUGGGUCCAGAUGCACUGGAGCGGGGAGCGAGCUUCAUUAACACUGACUCAUGCAAACAAGGAAGAUGAAGGUCUUUACACUCUACGCGUUGUGAUGGGAGACUACUAUGAGGAGUACAGCAGUUAUGUCUUUGUUCGAGAUGCUGAUGCUGAAAUCCCUGGAGCCCCUGGUGCACCACUGGAUGUGCAGUGCUUAGAUGCCAACAAGGAUUAUGUCAUUGUCUCCUGGAAGCAGCCCGCUGUCGAUGGAGGAAACCCCAUCCUCGGGUAUUUCAUUGAUAGGUGUGAGGUCGGCACCACUCACUGGACCCAGUGCAAUGAGACUCCUGUAAAGUUCGCUCGUUUUCCUGUCACUGGCUUGAUUGAAGGCCGUUCCUACAUUUUCCGAGUCCGAGCUGUGAACAAAGCUGGCAUUAGCCUACCGUCCCGGGUGUCAGAGCCUGUGGCUGCUCUGGAUCCUGCUGACAGAGCCAGGCUGAGAAGUCACCCUUCUGCUCCCUGGACUGGACAGAUUAUUGUCACUGAGGAAGAACCUGCAGAGGGUGUUGUACCUGGUCCACCUACAGACCUCCAAGUUAUUGAAGCCACCAAGACCUAUGUUGUGCUUAGCUGGAAACCUCCUGGACAGCGGGGCCAUGAGGGCAUUAUGUACUUUGUGGAAAAGUGCGUUGCCGGCACAGAAGACUGGCAAAGGGUGAACACCGAGAUCCCUGUGAAGUCUCCUCGCUUUGCAGUUUUUGAUUUGGCUGAAGGCAAAUCCUACUGCUUCCGAGUUCGCUGCUGCAAUUCAGCUGGAAUUGGUGAACCUUCAGAAGCAACUGAAGCCACUGUGGUGGAUGACAAACUCGAUAUUCCCAAAGCUCCUGGACGUAUUAUGCCAACUAGGAAUACAGAUACCUCAGUUGUUGUCACUUGGGCAGAGCCCCCAGAUGCCAAGGAGCUAGUUGGGUACUACAUUGAGUCAAGUGUAGUUGGAUCUGGUCAUUGGGAACCAUGCAACAACAAUCCUGUGAAGGGCACAAGAUUCAUUUGCCAUGGGCUCACCAAUGGGGAGAAGUACAUUUUCAGAGUCAGAGCUGUUAAUGCAGCGGGACUCAGUGAAUUUUCACAGGAUUCGGAGCCCAUAGAAGUGAAAGCAGCCAUUGGGGGAGGAUUGCUUCAUGGUGUGUGUCCUGAACUGAGUGGUAAAGCUGGUGGACUAACAGACCGCACUACCAGCUGGGAAGGCAUGCAUGAGUCCUCCCAGCCUAUCUUUGACACAGAUGCUUUGCUAAAAUGCAAUGCUAAAUUUAGUAGAGACACGCUACCCAGUAGCUCUGAGAAACUGGGGAGUACAGGAAGCAAUAACAUGAGAGAAAUGGUUAAGGAUGCUGUCACACCUGCACCACAAAAAAUUGCUGCUAAGCAGGCAAGUAAGUCUCGACCCAGGGAUCUUUUGACACCAGAAAAAGUGACAAAGAAGAAAGAUACAGCUGCUCCAUCUCCACCUUACGACAUCACGGUACUUGAGAGCGUUCGUGACUCGAUGGUAUUAGGAUGGAAACAACCUAAAGUCACCGGUGGAACUGAAGUUACCGGCUACUAUGUCAACUAUCGUGAAGUGGUUGAUGGAGUUCCUGGGAAAUGGAUGGAGGCCAACAUUAAGGCCAUUAGCGAGAGGGCAUACAGGAUUCAAAACCUGAAGGAAAACAUGGUGUACCAGUUCCAGGUGGCUGCUGCUAACCUGGCAGGGGUUGGGACACCCUCCCUACCCAGCAAGCCCUUCAAAUGUGAAGAAUGGACCAUUGCUGUACCUGGGCCACCCCAUGAUGUCACAUGCACAGAAGUUAGGAAAGACUCUUUGGUUUUACUGUGGAAGGAACCAGUUUAUACUGGUCGUAGUCCCAUAUCUGGUUAUUAUGUUGAUAUGAAGGAAACUGAGGCAAAGGAGGAACAUUGGCGAAGUGUCAAUGAGAAGCCACUUCAAAAGAAAUUCUUGAAGAUAGGUGGCCUAAAAGAAGGCGUGAGCUAUGUGUUUCGCGUGCGGGCAACAAACCAGGCUGGUGUUGGGAAACCAUCAGAUGUUACAGAUUCUGUCAUAGCUGAAACACGACCAGGAACCAAGGAAGUGGUGGUUGAUGUAGAUGACAAUGGAGUAAUUUCCUUGAACUUUGAAUGUGAUCAGAUGUCUCCAGACUCUAAGUUUAUUUGGUCCAAGAACUAUGAACCAAUCGAGGAUGACUCUCGACUGAACAUUGAUACCAAAGGCGGAAAGUCAAAAGCUACCUUUAAGGAUCUUGGAGAAGAUGAUUUGGGAAUUUACUCCUGUAUUGUUACAGACACUGAUGGAGUUUCAUCAAGCUACACGAUCGAUGAGGAAGAAAUGAAACGCCUGCUUGCUCUGAGCCACGAACGCAAAUUCCCAA